AAGUGAAAUUCCAUUGCACAUUUAUGUCAUGUAACAUGCUACUUUAAAUAUUGACAAGUUUUGGCUUGUGAAUCAAUAAUUUAAUCUUUACGAACUGAUUUUGUAAAGUUUUCAUAUCAGCGGAUAAACUAGACGGGAAUUUACUUGUCACAUGAGAAAAAUUAAAAAUACUUAGCUUUGUGUAUUUGAUAUAUCGCAGGAAGCAGGAUAAAUCAUGGUUAAUGGAUGUUCCUGGUAAAAAGGCAUCGCAGAAACUUUCAUCUUCACUUUCUCGGGGUGGUGCUGAAGAUUUCGACAUCUUCUGUGAAAUAUGUGACAGAGUUGAUAUCAGGCUACCUGCCUUUGGUUACUGUGUAGAUUGUGAGGAACACUUAUGUCAAUAUUGUUUCAACACUCAUAGGCGACCAAAACCACUACGCCAUCACCAACUUUUAGAUAAAGAUCACAUGCCACAAAAACAAAAACUCAACAGAUCAUUAAAAUCUUCUUCCUGUCAACAGACUGGUGAUUUAACAAAGCCUUGUACUAAACACACCAAAGAAGUGAUCAAAUUCUACUGUCAUGACCAUAAUGCUCUUAUAUGUAUUGUAUGUGUGACCCUUGAACAUACACCAACAUCCUGUCAUGUGGACUACAUACCUGAUAUAUCAGGACAGAUUAUAGACAGCAUCGAGUUCAAGGAAACUCUGAAAGAUAUUGAUAAAUUGACAAACAAAUGCUCCCUGGUAACAAGUGGCCUGAAACAAAGAGUUGUUAAAUCAACAACUUCUCUUAAAGAUGCUAUAGCAGAAAUAGAAAUCUAUAGAAAAGCGAUAAACAAGAGAUUUGAUGAACUAGAAAAGGAGGUAAAAGAUAUUGCUAUAACAAUCCAACAUGACAACAACGAAAAAAUGAAAACAACAAAAACAACAUGUAACGAUAUAAACAAAUCACUUCAAGCAUCAAUUGAUACUCUAAAUCACCUCAAUGUAAACAAGAAAAAUGACCAACUGUUUGCUGAACUUAAGAGAGCUCAGCAAUUGAUUCAAGACAAUAACAAUAUAAUAUCACAACUACCAACACUCAAUGACAUUGAUGAGUACAUCUUUGAACCUAAUAAAGGUAUCAAGAAAGUCCUUCAGGAUGACAAAUCAUUAGGAACAUUGAUCAGUAAGAUGCUAAAGCAGACAACUGAACCAAAGAAUCAAGGUGCAGUAGCAUUGAAAUUGUCUACCCCUAGAGACAUCAAUGCUAAAUCAUCCUCAGAUAAAAGGGAUUGCUGGAUUACUGGUAUAGCGGUUUCUUCUCAAAAUCAAAUAUAUGCUACAGAUUAUCCUAAUAAAUCUAUUAAAAUGAUAGACAUCAAUAGUGGAGCUAUCAAACAAUUACCACUUAAAUCAUCACCCUGGGAUAUCACCAUGGUCUCUAGUGAUUCACUUGCUAUAACAAUACCAAACAGAAAAACAAUACAGUUCAUUUCCUUCUCCCCAGACUCAAUCACACCAAAGUACAAAAUGAAGGUAGAUGGAGAUUGUUGUGGUAUCAGUCAUCAUCUGGGAAAACUUGCGGUCACAUUUACAGAACCUGCUAAACUACAAAUCAUGGAUUUAAAAGGUAAUACUGAAAAUACAGUUGAUAAAGAUUUCAAUGGUGACCAUAUAUUCAGUUAUCCUGGGUAUAUCACAACAAACAGUCAUUCAAUCUAUGUAUCUGACUGUGACAAUGAUAUAGUUCUACGAUUUAACUGGCAAGGAGAGAUGAUAGGAUUAGUAGGAAUUGGAGAACCAAGGGGUAUAACACUGUUACAUGAUGGGUCUCUCUUGGUGAUUGAUAGAAACAGUCAAUGUAUACAUCGAGUAAGUGGUGACUGUAAAGACAGUAAAGCUAUACUUGAGGAUGCAGAUAAUCCUCAAGCUGUAUGUUGGUGUGCUGAAACCAGGACACUUUGUGUUAGUAGUUUAAAGUGUCACAGUGAUGAUAAUUAUAUCAAAUUGUAUAAAAUGAUGUAAAAGAUAUGACGAGACUAAAGACAUGACACUAACAAUGGAAUAAACACAUCAAAUCAUCCUCAUUCAUUCAAGAUAUA